GUUGCAGCACAGUGUUAGUCAUGGGCGAAGAAGUCGAGAAACAUGUGCUGCGCAAGUACGAGCUGCUGCAGAAGUUAGGCAAAGGCGCGUAUGGCAUUGUGUGGAAGGCCAUCGACAAGAACAAUCGGCAGGUAGUGGCUUUGAAAAAGUGUUUCGACGCAUUCCGCAAUGCGACAGAUGCGCAGCGCACAUUUCGCGAAGUCAUGUACUUGCAAGAGCUGAACGGACACAGCAACAUUAUCCGCUUGCUGAAUGUCGUCAAAGCUGACAACGACCGCGAUAUCUACCUCGUGUUCGACUUUAUGGAAACGGACUUGCAUGCUGUUAUACGAGCCAAUAUCUUAGAGGAGAUCCACAAGAAGUAUAUCAUCUACCAGUUGUUGAAGUCGCUUAAGUACAUGCAUACAGCCGAGCUGCUGCACCGCGACAUCAAGCCGAGCAAUCUACUUCUUAACUCAGACUGCCACACCAAACUCUGCGACUUUGGACUUUGCCGUUCCGUGGCCGAGAUCAGCGGACCCAAUCCAGUUCUCACAGAUUACGUCGCUACCCGAUGGUACCGUGCUCCAGAAAUUUUGCUGGGCUCGACAAAGUACGCCAAGUCAGUGGAUAUGUGGGCUGUCGGCUGUAUCGUGGCAGAAAUGGCCACUGGACGACCUUCUUUCCCAGGCACAUCGACCAUGAAUCAACUUGAGCGUAUCCUGGAUGUCACCGGCCCACCGUCUCAAGACGAUAUUGAAAGUAUCAAGUCACCGUUCGCCAAUACGAUGCUGGAAAGUCUGCCUGCACCAAAGAAGAAAGCGUUGGAGGAACUCUUUCCCAAGGCCUCGCCAGAUGCACUCGAUCUUAUCAAACAAUGCUUCUGGUUCGAUCCGUCCAAGAGGAUCUCGGUCAUCGACGCGUUGAAACACCCGUACGUGGCACAGUUCCAUAACGAGAAGGACGAGCCCAGUGCUCCAGCUCCUUUGCAGAUAGUAGUUGAUGACAAUACCAAAUAUUCCGCCGCUGACUAUCGCGACCGCCUCUACCGUGAGAUCAUCAAGAAGAAGAAAGAGGUCCGACGGAAAGCAGGCGAACAGGAGACGGCCGCUGUGGCUGGUACAACCACCACGCAGUAG